AUGGAGAGCAGCCGUGCAUGUGCUGAGACGGCAAGGAGGCGUGAGCAGGAGCGCCAGGAACGCUACUAUGAUCGAAAGGUGCGGAGGAAGCGGGUGUUUGAAGUUGGCGACCGUGUGUGGUUCUAUAAGCCGCCACGAGGUCCCAAGGCGACGAAGCUGGUACAUAAAUGGCUUGCGCCAGUGAGGAUCGUGGAGCCAGUAGGCUAUGACAAUUACCUGGUGGAACGAGAAGAUGUGGAACACGACCCUGAGCAAUAUUUAGCACAUGCUUCAUUUUUAGUUAGCUACCAUCAGCCAGCUACACUACUCGAGGAAGCAGCAGCUGACAUUGAAGCGCAACUGGAGCAUGAAGGUGCGCUCGAGCUCGACGGUAAUGACGAGACGGACGGAGCGUCUGGUGGAGCAGCGACGGCUCCGGUACGUGCAGCACCAGCUGCAGGAACUACAAAACGGCGUCGACGAACAGUGGCAAGUACGACUACGAAACAGCGACCGGACGAGGACGUGGUGGAGCUACGACGACGAAGAAGAAAUGCAGCGGGACAGUACGUCCUCGAGUACGAGGUGCGACCUGUACAGCGAGACGGUGGACGACGGCGACGGAAGAACGGAGGACGGUGA